AGCUGAUCCCACGUGUGACGCUUUCAUUCCCGGCUCAGUAAUAUUCUCAUAGCGGGGCUUUGCAUAUCUCCUGCCGUAUCUGUGUGUGUCUGUCACUGUUACUGUAGUCCCAGCCUAUAGUUUGGAAUAGAUAUGGAAGGAGACGGGAGUCAAGCCACAUCCGGAAGCCUAAAUGAUUCACAACAUGACCCGGGUAAAAUGUUUAUCGGUGGCCUCAGCUGGCAAACCUCACCAGACAGCCUUAGAGACUAUUUUAGUAAAUUCGGAGAAAUAAGAGAAUGUAUGGUGAUGAGAGACCCCACGACAAAACGCUCAAGAGGAUUUGGGUUUGUUACGUUUACAGAUGCUGCCAGUGUAGAUAAAGUCUUAGCUCAACAGCACCAUGAAUUAGACUCAAAGACGAUUGAUCCUAAGGUUGCCUUUCCCCGUCGCGCCCAGCCUAAGAUGGUCACAAGAACAAAGAAAAUAUUUGUGGGUGGCUUGUCAGCCAAUACAGUAGUGGAAGAUGUGAAGCAGUAUUUUGAACAGUUUGGGAAGGUUGAUGAUGCCAUGCUUAUGUUUGAUAAGACUACUAACAGACAUAGAGGAUUUGGUUUCAUAACUUUUGAGAGUGAAGACAUCGUAGAGAAAGUCUGUGAAAUUCAUUUUCAUGAAAUCAAUAACAAAAUGGUAGAAUGUAAGAAGGCCCAGCCCAAGGAGGUGAUGUUCCCACCAGGUACACGAGGGCGAGCCAGGGGUCUGCCCUACACCAUGGAUGCCUUCAUGCUGGGGAUGGGCAUGCUGAGUUACCCUAAUAUUGUGGCAACGUAUGGCCGCGGAUACACUGGAUUCGCACCCAGCUACAGCUACCAGUUCCCUGGCUUCCCAGCGACAGCAUAUGGACCGGUGGCGGCAGCGGCAGUAGCAGCAGCGCGUGGCUCAGGUAGGGGGGCCCGUGGAAGAGGCGGCUACUUGGCGUACCCACAGAGCACAGGGCCAGGCCUCCCCGAUUAUGGGUUUUACUCUGCGCCCAGUGACCAGAGGGGGGGGCCCUGCUCCUUUGCUGACUAUGGCUCCCUGGGGCCCCAAGCGGCUCAGAUGCUGCACAGUGAGCAUGCCACCUCCGCCUGCAACUCCCCCCUACAGCACCUACACAGCCCGGAUCAAUUUAAGAACCCAGGCACCAACCCGUCAAGGCCCGGAGGUUUCCCUGGUGCUAACAGUCCAGGGCCUGUGGCUGACCUGUAUGGACCUAGCAGCCAGGAUUCAGCUGUGGGCAACUACAUCAGUGCUGCUAGCCCUCAGCCUGGCUCUGGGUUUGGCCCCAGCAUCACAGGCCCGUUGAUUGCGACAGCUUUUACAAAUGGAUACCAUUGAACAGGUGGCCGGUUGCCAUCUCAUCAGAGCAGAGUAUAUCUGGUGGCCCAGGAAAGACAGGACGAAGUUUCUAAUUGGCUUUGUGUGCAGGUGAUGCUAAUCCAACUUCAAGCACUACGGCGUCACCGAGGCAAAACGAACGAAAGUCGGAACCAUAUGAAGAAGAAAAGAAAAACGUUAGUCAUCUCAGAAAAAUAACAACUGCUGUACUAUAAUCCAAACCUCCUAUAACUUUACAACCUGGUUUGGUAUGAUGUUUCACGUCCAGUUCAUUCACCUAUUUCCUUCCUCUGUUUCUGUUCUGAUUAGUUCUUAGCCAGUCAUUUUAGUUGAACCUUAAUUUUGUGUCAUU